GGGGUGGAUGGACGUCCUUGCAGGAAGAGGGCUGCUGUGAGGGGACUCCUGAUAAGUGGGAGUAGGGUGAGAGACCAAAAGGUGAAAUCCGUUUGACAAGCAGAACCUUACAUUUGGAAAAGCUGGUAUUGGGACUGUCUGAAGUGCUGUUCUGUCCGCCUAGCCAUCCGUCUCUGCCGUGUCGCCUGUCUGUGUCUGUGGAUCUUGCGCCUGAAGGCCAAUCCAACCCUAAGAGCAGGAAGAAGAGGAAAAUUGUCCAGAAACAAGUUUGCAGAACGCAGUGCACUUCCAGGCAAGAAGUAGAAGGAAGAAACUGCUGGGACCCGUGUGGGUCUAUGUGGGGGUGCCACUGCCCCCAGGACAUCUGGAGGGGCAGGGGAGGUCCUGCAGUAUCUGCAGCUGUAGCAGAGCCUGCAAGCUGUAGCUGAAGACUCCGCCCUCAACGUGGGAGCACUCCUCUGGGCCAGAGCAAGCCCUCUGUGCCCGGGUUAAGAAUUCAGACAUUCACCCCAGUAUGGGUCGUACUCGGGAAGCUGGCUGCGUGGCCGCUGGUGUGGUGAUUGGGGCUGGUGCCUGCUACUGCGUAUACAGACUGACCUGGGGAAGAGAUGAGAGCGGGAAAAUCUGGAAUGAUGACAAUGACGAUGAGGAGGAGGAAUCUAGUGAUAUUGCAGAGACUGGGAAAGGAGCUAAGGCUAAUGCUGGGGCUGGAGCUGGAGCUAGAGUUCAGGGUGACUCAAAGGCCAAGGCUGAGGUGGGCGUGGAACUCAAGAGUGGACCUGAUGUAAAGGCAGAGGCCCACUUGAAGGCCCAGAGCGGAGGUGGCCUAGAGGCCAAGGCCAAGGCUCUUUUCAGCAUCCUGAAGGAACAGGCAAGUGCAAGAGCGGGCAGAGGGGCCAGGCUGAGUACCAUCUCUGGGACCAGAAUGCUUGCACCUGGUUUACCCUGUCCAGGAAUCAGGGGUGGAGGCUGCCACCCUGUGAGGAAUGGGGCUAGGGCUGGGGGCAGGGCAAGUAGCAAGUCUAAGGGAAGGACCCGAGGUAAGAGCACCAGGACUCCAACUACAACUACAUCAUGGUCUGUUCGAAGGGGCAAGUUCAACUUUCCCUAUAAAAUUGAUGAUGUUCUGGGUACUAAUGACCUUCAAAAGGUCCUUAACAUCCUUGAAAGAUCUAAUGAUCCUUUUACUCAAGAAGUAGCCUUGGUCACUCUGGGUAACAAUGCAGCAUAUUCAUUUAACCAAAAUGCCAUUCGUGAAUUGGGUGGUCUGCCAAUUAUUGCAAAACUGAUAAAAACGAAAGAUCCCAUUAUUAGGGAAAAGGCAUACAAUGCCCUUAAUAACCUGAGUGUGAAUGCGGAAAAUCAGGGCAAGAUUAAGACUUAUAUCAUACAAGUGUGUGAUGACACCAUGAUCUGUCGUUUGGACUCAGCUGUGCAGAUGGCUGGACUAAGGCUGUUAACCAACAUGACUGUGACUAAUCAUUACCAACAUUUACUUUCCUAUUCUUUUCCAGACCUUUUUGCUUUGUUAUUCCUGGGAAAUUACUUCACCAAGGUUCAGAUUAUGAAACUAAUCAUAAACUUUACUGAAAAUCCAGCCAUGACAAGAGAGCUGGUCAGUUGUAAAGUACCAUCAGAAUUGAUUUCCCUUUUUAAUAAAGAAUGGGACAGAGAGAUUCUUCUUAAUAUCCUUACCCUAUUUGAGAAUAUAAAUGACAACAUAAAAAAUGAAGGGCUUGCCUCAUCCAGGAAAGAAUUCAGCAGAAGUUCACUUUUUUUCUUAUUCAAGGAAUCUGGAGUGUGUGUUAAAAAAAUCAAAGCAUUAGCAAAUCACAGUGAUCUGGUGGUGAAAGUAAAAGUCCUAAAAGUAUUGACCAAACUCUAACUGGGGUCUGUCCCAAACAAUAUUGAGAUUUUUUUUUUUUUUUAGUUUGCACUUGGGAACAAUUUUGUAAAUUCUUUCUUUUUCACUGUGCUUGUAUGGCAAAGAGAUCCUUUCAGCUGCUAUUUUGGGAUAAUGAAUAUCACGUAUCAACAGUGAUGCUGGCUAUGAUGAUGGGUUUUAGGCUGGACCAUUUUAAGGACGUCAAGUGAAUACUAGGGGUUGUACAAAGAAAACAUUUAUUGAUUUCAUGUUGCUACCUAGAUUGAGAUAUUUUUACUCUUUCCUCUACUUAAACUAACAGCAAACUAAUCACGAAUAAGCUACACUUUUGUAUUGGUUUACAUUUGUUAAUCUUAGACUUGUGUUUCAUCAAUAAACUUGUAUGUUUUAACAAGCAAA